AAUCCACGAGGCAACCAAAUCCACACAACCAACGGCCCAAAACGACCACUCCCUUGCACACGCCCCUCGCCGGCGGAGAAGGCGGCAAUGCGGACCCUCCACGCCGCGCCCGCCUCCUUCAUCGUGCCGCCCGCUCACCACCUCGUCUCCUCGACUCCAACCCCAAGAGGUGCGCUGCCUUCUGCCGAGGCGACUAUCCAGUCCCAUGCCCGGUUCCCCUUGUCGCCCCGCGUGGCACGGCGCCGGCGGUGCGCGAGAGCCGCGUUGCCCAGCGCUGGUACGGCGGCGGCGACAGUGGACGAUGCAAAGAGGGACGUGCUCAUAGCGCUCUCCCAGAUUAUCGAUCCUGACUUCGGGACAGACAUCGUCUCGUGUGGGUUUGUCAAGGAUUUGGAGAUCAGCGAGGCGUUAGAGGAGGUCUCGUUUCGUCUGGAACUGACGACCCCUGCGUGCCCAGUCAAGGACAUGUUUGAAGAAAAGGCAAAUGAGGUUGUUGCAGCCCUUCCAUGGGUCAAGAAGGUCAAUGUUACAAUGUCUGCACAACCCGCACAACCGGUAUAUGCAGGGGAUCUCCCAGAAGGACUACAGAAAAUUUCAAACAUCAUAGCAGUUUCAAGCUGCAAGGGAGGAGUUGGAAAAUCUACAGUUGCUGUAAAUCUUGCUUAUACCUUAGCUGGUAUGGGGGCCAGGGUUGGAAUUUUCGAUGCUGAUGUCUUCGGUCCAAGCUUGCCAACUAUGGUUUCUCCUGAGAAUCGGCUGCUAGUGGUGAACCCAGAAAGCAAAAGUAUUCUUCCGACCGAGUAUUUGGGCGUCAAAUUGGUGUCCUUUGGCUUUGCCGGGCAAGGAAGAGCGAUCAUGCGGGGUCCAAUGGUUUCAGGAGUCAUUAAUCAGCUGUUGACCACCACUGACUGGGGUGAACUGGACUACCUUGUCAUUGAUAUGCCUCCUGGAACAGGGGAUAUACACUUAACACUCUGUCAGGUAGCUCCGCUGACUGCAGCUGUAAUUGUUACCACCCCUCAGAAGCUGGCUUUCAUUGAUGUUGCAAAGGGUGUCAGGAUGUUUUCCAAGCUGAAGGUUCCAUGUGUUGCAGUUGUUGAGAACAUGUGCUACUUUGAUGCUGACGAAAAACGCUACUACCCAUUUGGGCAAGGUUCUGGAGCUCAGGUUGUGCAGCAGUUUGGAAUACCUCACCUCUUUGAUUUGCCAAUAAGGCCAACUCUUUCAGCUUCUGGAGAUACUGGAAUUCCUGAAGUAGUGGCUGAUCCCCAAGGAGAUGUUGCCAAGACAUUUCAGAAUCUUGGAGUAUGUGUUGUUCAACAAUGUGCUAAAAUUAGGCAACAAGUUUCAACAGCAGUGUCCUACGAUAGAUCAAUUAGAGCAAUCAGAGUGAAAGUACCAGAUUCCGAGGAAGAGUUCUUGUUGCACCCAGCAACAGUCAGACGGAACGACCGAUCUGCUCAAAGUGUGGACGAAUGGACUGGUGAGCAGAAAGUACAAUAUGGCGAUAUACCAGAAGACAUCGAGCCGGAAGAGAUACGGCCGAUGGGAAAUUAUGCAGUUUCUAUAACUUGGCCUGAUGGAUUUAGUCAGAUAGCACCUUAUGAUCAACUGGAUAUGCUUGAGCGGUUAGUGGAUGUUCCUCGUCCAGCAACACCUGCAGUAGUCUCUUCAUGAUACAAGUAGAGGUAAUGUUCGCCAUCAAGGAACAAGAAAAAAGGACUUCAGACACAAUAUGCUGAAGGAGUUUCUAGGCCUACAGAGAAUUUUGUGUGAUUACUGUAACAAUGUACAAAGUGCAAGGGUUAUUCAAAUAAACACACUUCUUCUUACCUUCAGAUCACUUGUGUGCUCUGAAAUCUCAAACAAUGUGUUCAACAUA